CAGGUGCGCCUUGCAGACAGAGAUGCGCGUUAUGGAGCGCACUUUCCGAGAGCAGCUUUUCUUUCUGGUGUUGUGUCUGUCUGUCCUCAAGGGAGACUCCAGAUAUAUUGAAAACAACGAGAUUUCAAAAGAUGAAUUAUAUUCAUUUUUCAACUCGGAACUCAAGAGAGAAAUGCCUGAGGAAUUAAUGUACCGCCGACCUCUACGUUGUCUGGACAUGGUUGCAGUGGAGGGUCAGUUCACCUUCACUGCAGAGCGUCCUCAGCUCAGCUGCGCUGUUUUCUUCAUGGCAGAGCCCAACGAAGUGAUCAGUGUGGAUUAUGACAAUGUUGACAUCGACUGCAGGGGCGGGGACUUCAUCACGGUGUUUGACGGCUGGGUGAUGAAAGGAGAGAAGUUCCCCAGCUCCCAGGAUCACCCGCUGCCUGUGUUCGAGCGCUAUGUGGAUUACUGUGACUCAGGAUCUGUUAGGAAAAGCGUUCGCUCCUCUCAGAACGUGGCCAUGAUCUUCUUCCGCAUUCACAACGCCGGCAGCAGCUUCACCCUGACAGUCAGGAAACACAUCAAUCCUUUCCCCUGUAAUGUCAUCUCCCAGUCACCAGAAGGCAGUUACACAAUGGUGAUCCCGCAGCAGCACAGGAACUGCAGCUUCUCCAUCAUAUAUCCAGUGGCGAUUGACGUCUCCGAGUUCAGCCUGGGACACUACAACAAGUUCCCCAAGAGGUCCAUGCCCGGCUGUGCAGAAUCAGGGGAUUUUGUGCAGUUGCUGGGUGGAAGCGGCAUCGACACGUCGAAGCUGCUGCCCAUCACAGACCUCUGCAUCUCCUUCACUGGACCCACCCACAUGAAGAUCGGCUGCGACAACACGGUGGUCAGGAUGGUGUCCAGCGGGAAGUUUGUCAGCCGAGUGUCCUUCAGCUACAGGGUACUGGACAGCCAGGAACUGCAGACCAUCAAACUCAACAAUGUGGAGGAUUUCUGUUUCAAUAACUGAUCUCAUCAUCAAGUGACAAAUGUAUCAUUUAACUGCAAACAUUAUCUUAUUAAUAAAACAAGAGAUCCACCUGGUUAGUCGUUCUGAUUGGACCAAAUGUCUUAAAUCCAAAGACAUUAACAUUAAAGUGAAUUUAAAUGAAGAUAAACAGACACAAUACUAUUGUUUUACAGACGCUGGACUUUCAAUUUGUUUUUUAUUCUUGUUCUUUUUAAAUACAUUAAAAUCUUAAUGAAAUGUCCUUUUGUGUUUGGUGGAACUGUUUUUGUUUUCAUUCUUGCUUUGUGUACAAUAUGUGUAUUUAUCAAGACUUAUGAUAUUGUUAUUAUGAUUCAUGGAAAGGAAAUGAAUGUUACUUCUGUUCAUUUCUUCUGGGUCAUAUCCUGCCACAGAUGACAUAGAGGGCAAUAGGUUAAGUGUUCAGUAUAAUAAAUACAAGUGUCUAUUGCCAUUAUACACUUACAUUUGUAUAAAAUCUUUUUGUAAUAAAAUUAUACUGCAUGAU